UUUUCUAGAUUUCGCCUUGCCCAACGACAUUUGGAAAUGUGAUCCAAAAACGAUUCAAAGAAGGUAAAAACUUCGAACAAUUUACGCUGUUUCUUCAGGGCCACAUACAGAACGAGGCGGACAUGAGUCCGUCAAAAACUUGCAGAAACACUUGUUCCAAUUAUUAUUCCACCAAAAGAGAGACCUGUUACGAUCACACGAGCCUGUUCUGUCAAAAAGAACGACAGUGCAACGGAAGAAUAUACGAAUGUAUUUUUAUCGAAUCCAACGCAGAUGUCUGUCUAUCGACUUCGCCAUUGAGAAAAUACGAAUUUGUCAAAUACAAGAGCGGACGAACUUUGGGCAAAAAAAACUUUUGCAGCCAUUUAUUGCCUAUAAAAAGUUGGACUAGAUGGUUCGUCCGAUGUCACUACUGCAUGUGUAUAUGCGACGAUAAACACGUGCUAUCUGACAGAUACGUAAGUCUGAGAUCUGUCAACGCAGACACAGAAUAUAACAGAGUUAUCACAGGUGUGAGACUCGUAAAAAAGAACAAAAUCAUUCACAUACAAAUCCAAGAAGGUAAAUUAUUGCCCUACGGUUUGAUCGAUCAGAAUACAGUACGGUGGAAACCAGUUGAUGAUUACAAAAUCACAGAUCCUGGGGUAUACAACAAAAAAGACUACUUUAUGCUGACUUAUUCAGAAAGAAGUAUGGCUUUAGAUGAUAUACAAGAAACCAUGGAAGGUUAUGUCGUAACAGGAGUACGCUUCAAUUUAAUAAACGGAAGAAUUUAUUUUGUGGUCCAUUUCAAUUUGUUCAACUGGGCCAAUGGUACAGUAGACCAGAAGAAAGGUCAUGAUGUAUACGGAACUACCCAAAGGAGGUCGAAAAUCGAUCUGAAAAAGGCCGACGUGCCUACGAAAUCACCGGGUCCGCCCUCCAUGGUAAAUUUCGGUAGUUCCGGGCAGUACUUGGAGUUUACGCACACCGAUUUCGAAAGGGAUGUGGCACAGACGGCGAUUCCGUUUUUCGACGCUCAAGAGGUGGUCGCCAAGCCAGCCGUACCUUUAAUGGGAGCCGGAAUUUUAUACAGAGGACGGGAAUCUUACGGCGGUUUCGUAACGCCGAUAAUAAAGACCUACGACUAUAUAAAACACCUAGAUAAUUUUGUUUCUGACAAAUGACAGUGACAAGUGAUAUACAUUCCUGUCACUUCUUUAGUAUAGCAGUCUCUGUCUACACAUACCGAGCAAAAAUGUGUCGCUCUGUAUUAAGUAUAGAAAGUUUUUCGAAAAAUGUCUACUAAGUUUAUAUACCUAAAGCUACAUCUACGCCUAAUAUUUUACCGCUCAGGUAAGACGGAUUCUAGCAUAUACACUGGAAGAUUCACCAGUGGUUUUAACAAUAAUUACAGCAUUGUGUUUAUCGAAAAUUUUUACAAUUUAAGUUUCUGUCGUGAAACAAAAAAAAAUGGAAGUUCUCUGUUCGAGAAUUUAUUAUUCUUAUAAUAUUGUUACGGAUUCCGUGUGUUCACUAAUUUAAACUCACGAUAAAAUACUUAACGAAUAUAUUAAAUAACAAUAACAAUAUAAGUAACAGGAUGUACUAGGAUGUACAUAUCACGACAGAACCUUAAAUUUGAAAAAAAAUCCCAGAAACUCAUAAAAUAAAUUGGAAUUGUUCCAAUUAUUAAACAAAAACUGUUAAAAUUAUUGUGUAUCGAAGUUUGACGAUGAAUAAUCUUUUAAACCGUUAAUUUAAUCGACUGAGCAUAAAAAACAUUUUUGUAGAGCAGCGAAUUUUUCGUGUAUUAUAAUGAUUUUUUGUUAACGAGCUAUAAAAUUCAUAAGAAAAAAGAAAUCUGCCUUUAAAUAAUCAAACUUCAACCUUCAAUAACUUUCGAACGGUGAGGCUUACAAAAAAAUUGUCAGAGACCUUUUUUGUAGAGAAUUAAUUUUCCUACGAAUAUAUGAGACGAGAUAUGAAUUUUUCUUUCUAAUAAUAAGGAAAAAAUAGAAAACUGAAAGGCGAAGAAAAAAAUAGUCGAUUUUUUUGACCCGCCCUAGUUUAUAAGCGACUUAACAGCUUUUAAUGUUGUAUCAUUAUUUAUAUUGCAAUUAAAUUAAUCUGUUUACGUUUUAUAUCUUUAGUUAAACUUGAUUGUAACCGCCCAGUUUAAAUAUUAUUAUUUAAAUAAACUGAACAAAUCCAA